AUGAACUAUGUGUUAUUUACAGUGGAGAAGGAGGUUGUUUCCAUGGGAACCGGGACCAAAUGUAUUGGGAAAGCAUCUAUGAGUUCUAAUGGGGAUAUACUGAAUGACAGCCAUGCUGAAGUCAUUGCCAGACGGGGCUGUGUCAGGUAUCUGAUCCAGGAGCUCCACAGAGCCGUUAGUGGUCGAGGCAGCUCGGUGUUCCGCUCAGCCGAUCAACGAGGGAGGUGGACGCUUCAGCCAGGUGUUUCCUUCCUCCUCUUUACCAGUCACACUCCCUGUGGUGAUGCCUCCAUCAUUCCCAUGACUGACAGCCAGUCUAAGCCCCGCCCUCCUGUCACAUCUGUGCACGGCUGUGAGGAGGCUGACGGAGGAGGGAGCGUGAAAAGGAAAGCCGAAGAACUGGCUGAAGGAGAAAAACCGAAGCUGCCUCGUUUUGAAGGAGAAGAAGCAGACGAGACGAAGCGUGCCGGCACGAAGCCGACUUUACAGAGCGACCCGACAAAAACGCACGACGACGCUUCACAAGCUGCGUCAGCGUUCACCAGAGACCAGACCGAGCAGGUCCACGACAUCCACAGGACGGGAGCCAAAUGUGUCUCGGGCGGCCCAGCUGACCCUCUGCACCCAGGGGUGGGGUACCACAGCACCGGUGUGCUCCGUGUGAAACCGGGCCGAGGAGAGCCGACUCUGUCCCUGUCCUGCAGUGACAAACUGGCUCGCUGGGGGGUGGUGGGCUUCCAGGGCGCCCUGCUUUCCCAUUACCUGGAGGAGGCCCUUUAUUUCAGCACGGUGGUGGUGGGCAAGUGUCAGUACAGCCACGAGGUGAUGCACCGGGCUUUGAUCAGCAGGUGCUGUGAUGUAUCCGACCUCCCUGCUGGUUUCUCUUUAUGUUCCCCAGUUCUGCUUCAGUCCAGCCUGGAGUUUCCUUUCAGCCAGAACCAAACCGACCUUCAACACCGGGCCGGACAGGGACGUGUCUCCCCCUGCGGAGCAGCCAUCAGCUGGUGUAAUGUUGCAGAGCAGCCACUAGAUGUCACUGCGAACGGCUUCAAACAUGGAGUCACCAAGAAGAUGCUGGGAACAUCCAAAUCCAGGUCUCUUCUGUGUAAACUGGAGCUUUUUCGUUCAUUUCUGUCUCUGGUGGCGGCAACUGAGCCUUCACGUCUCCCCGACACUCUCAGGUCAGCAAAGCUGCAGACCUACUGGGAUUACAAGCAGGCGUCUCGGCGGUACCAGCAGGCCUGGCAGCAGCUGCGCACUCAGGCUUUCCCUCGGUGGCCUCGCAGCGACAGAAACCUGCUCCUCUUUCACUGAAAGCUGACCCCGCAGCAGGAAUGUCCUUGUCAGGCGCCAUGAAAAACGGGCUUUGUUGCAGCAGAAACCUGGAGGUGGCCAGGUGAAAAUAACCAUCAACCA